ACACAUUUCAAAAAGUCAAAUAAAAACAAAACCAAAAUAAGUAAAGAUAAUAAAAUUUUGUAUUGUAUUUUGUUCCCCAACAAUUUCAAAUCCUUCCUUCAACGGCUACUUUUCCCCCAUUUUCUCUCUUUCUCUCUCUUUCUUCUCCAACUCUUCACUUCUUCAUCAUCUUCUUCAUCUUCAUUUUCUCUGUCCUCAGAAAAAAUCACAAUCAAUUAUGAAGCAUUUCAUGCUCCCAAGAAUAACUUCUCCAUUAUCGGAGCUUUCUACUACACCUCCAAACCCUAACCCUAACUCUAACCCUAAUUCGCAGAAAUCAAAAUCGUCUAAUCAUCAUCGGAAGCAAAAAUGUCCUCCUAAAGAUAAGGAAAACUCCGAUCCUUCCGACAUUAUCGCCGGAAAACCUUCGCCGGCGGGAAAAAUGAAGAGUCCUCUUCCGCCGAGACCGCCGCCAUCAAUGGCUAAUUCUAAUCCUCUUAAGCGCAAGCUUAGUAACGAUGUCGUUUCUGAUAUCUUAGUUGGUGGUUCUUCUUCUUCGUCUUCGUUGGAUUCUGGUGUUAGGGUGGUAGUGCGGAUGCGGCCAUUAAACAAGGACGAACAAGACGGGGAUUUGAUUGUUAAUAAAGUCUCAAAUGAUUCAUUGACAAUUAAUGAGCAUAAGUUUACUUUUGACUCUGUGGCUGAUAUGGAGGCAACCCAGUUAGACAUUUUCCAGCUUGUAGGAGCUCCUCUUGUUGAGAACUGUCUUUCUGGGUUCAACAGUUCUGUGUUUGCUUAUGGACAGACGGGAAGCGGAAAAACAUAUACAAUGUGGGGACCUGCCAAUGCUUUGCUCGAAGACAACCUCGCAAAUGAGCAACAGGGUUUAACACCUCGUGUGUUUGAACUGCUUUUUGCUCGAAUAAAUGAGGAACAAAUCAAGCACGCAGACAAACAGCUUAAGUAUCAGUGUCGUUGCUCUUUUCUUGAGAUUUACAAUGAACAAAUUACAGAUUUAUUGGAUCCAACUCAGAAGAAUCUUCAGAUAAGGGAAGAUGUCAAAUCUGGCGUUUAUGUGGAAAAUCUGACAGAGGAGUGUGUAUCAACAGCCAAGGAUGUCAUUCGGCUUUUAUUGAAGGGACUGUCACACCGCAGAACAGGUUCCACAAGUAUUAAUGCAGAGAGUUCACGUUCACAUAGUGUUUUUACUUGUGUUGUUGAAUCGCACUGCAAGAGCAUGUCUGAUGGUCUGAGCAGCUGUAAGAUGAGUAAAAUAAACUUGGUUGAUCUUGCCGGGUCAGAAAGGCAAAAGUUAACUGGUGCAGCUGGAGAGCGGCUGAAGGAAGCAGGCAAUAUCAAUCGAUCCCUUUCACAGCUGGGGAAUUUGAUAAACAUUCUUGCUGAAAUCUCCCAAACUGGAAAGCAAAGGCACAUCCCAUAUCGAGACUCCAGAUUGACUUUUUUGCUUCAGGAAUCUCUUGGUGGUAAUGCAAAAAUGGCAAUGAUCUGUGCAAUUUCUCCAGCGCAAAGCUGUAAGAGUGAGACAUUUAGCACAUUGAGAUUUGCACAGCGUGCAAAGGCCAUAAAAAACAAGGCUGUCGUCAACGAGGUGAUGCAAGAUGAUGUCAACUUCUUAAGAGAAGUGAUAAAGCAACUUAAGGAUGAAUUACUUCGAAUGAAAGCAAAUGGAAACCAUACUGACUCAAAGGCAGCAUAUGCAAACAGUUGGAGUGCCCGUAGAAGUUUAAAUCUUCUGAAGUUCAGCAUUAAUCAUCCGUCAGUUUUGCGUCAUGUAGAUGAUGAUGGUGAUGAGGAGAUGGAAAUUGAUGAAGAGGCUGUUGAGAAACUGUGCAAGGAAGUUGGUCAACAGUCAAUUCUCCUUGAACUUAGCCAAUGCAAGGAUAGUAUAGAAGAUAAAAACACUCAAAAUCCCUUUCCGAGUUCAUCUAGAGAUGGAUGUAUAAAGAAGCAAAGUUCUGAAGUGUCAGACGUGAGUAUGGAAGAGGGAGUUUCAGAAAUAGAUGAUGAUGAAAUCAUAGUAGAUGGAGGGGAUAUGUCGACUGCCCGGAGCAAUAACCCAGUAAAGGUAGAAGUAGGAAUUGUGAAUGAGUCCCCAAAUGGCUUGUUAGAGGCUCUAGCUCCUAAACCAAGUGUAAUUUCUUGUGAUGUUUCUCCCAUUCUGCCAUCUCCCCCUCAGAGUGUUUCCCCAAGAAUUGUUAGUAGUAGCAGAAAGAGUCUAAGGACUUCAUCAAUGCUAACUGCAUCUCAGAAAGAUAUAAAGGACACACAGACAUUAUUGACAAAGUCUUGCCACAUGAAUUCCCUGCUUGCCCUGACUACUUUACCUGGCAAUAAUGCUCGUAGCACUACCGAACAUCUAGCAGCUAGCCUUCAUCGUGGUCUUGAGAUCAUUGAUGGUCAGAGGAAGAGCUCUGCUUUCAGAAGGAGCUCAUUCCGGUUUUCAUACAAGCCUGCAGAUUUGAAGCCAAUAUUACCUAUCGAGAAAGUUGAUGUAGGUAUUCAAACUCUACCAGAAAGUACAGAAAUGCCAGAAGUAGAUAGCAAAACUUAUCUUUGUAGUAAUUGCAAGAACAAGAAUUUUGAUGGAGAUGUGAAAGAAGCCAACGACCCCUCAAACCUACAGUUGGUUCCUGUGGAUAGAUCAGAGUCAGCUGAAAAGACUAAGAAACAAGUUCCAAAGGCGGUAGAGAAGGUUCUGGCUGGAGCAAUUCGGAGAGAAAUGGCACUUGAGGACUUCUGUGCCAAGCAAACUUAUGAGAUCGCACAGCUAAAUCGCCUGGUUCAGCAAUACAAGCAUGAGAGGGAAUGCAAUGCAAUUAUAGGUCAGAUGCGGGAGGAUAAAAUACUUCGACUUGAGAACCUCAUGGAUGGGGUCUUACCUACUGAGGACUUCAUGGAAGAAGAACUAAUAUCUGUUCGUAAAGAGCAUGAGCUACUCAAGGAGAAAUACGAAAACCAUCCUGAGGUCUUGGAGACCAAAAUUGAGUUAAAGAGAGUUCAAGAUGAGUGGGAGAGGUUGCGUAAUUUCUUUGAUAUGGGUGAGAAGGACGUCUUACUGGAGGAAAUCCAUGAUUUAAGGAGCCAACUUCAAUACUAUACAGAUAGUUCUCCCAAGGCUGCUAGGCAGCGGAAGUCUCUUUUGCAGUUGACUUACCCCUGUGAACAGAGUUCACCUCAACCACUGAACCCAAUACCAGAAUCAACUGAGGACAAUGCUGUUGAAAAACUUGAGCAAGAAAGGACUCGGUGGACUGAGGUGGAAAGCCAAUGGAUAUCUCUAGCAGAGGAACUAAAAAUGGAGCUUGAAUCUAGUCGUUCUCAUGCUGAACACCUUGAGCAAGAAAUUGAGGCAGAAAAGAAGAUCUCAGAGGAAUUACAAGAAGCCAUGCAGUUAGCAAUGGAGGGUCAUGCACGUAUGCUUGAACAGUAUGCAGAUCUUGAGGAGAAACAUAUGCAAAUGCUUGCAAGGAAUAGACAGAUGCGAGAAGGAAUUGAGGAUGUUAAGAAAGCAGCUGCUAAAGCGGGGGUCAGAGGGGCUGAAUCAAAGUUUAUCAAUGCCCUUGCUGCAGAGGUUUCUGCUCUGAAAGUGGAAAGAGAAAAGGAGAGGCGCUAUUUCAGGGAUGAAAAUAAAAUGCUUCAAUCUCAGCUAAGAGACACUGCAGAAGCUGUGCAGGCUGCAGGAGAAUUACUUGUACGCCUGAAAGAGGCUGAAGAAGCUGUAGCAGCUGCCGAGAAACGUGCUGCUGCGGCUGAAGCAGAAACUGCGAAUGCUCGGAAUCAGAUUGAUGAGCUAAAGAAAAAGCAUGAAACUGACAGAAGUAUAUUAAAUCAAACAAUUGCUGUGUCACGAUUACCAAAAGAGGCCUUACAGCAAGAUCCUUAUCCUACAUCCAGUAUGGCUAAAUUUGAUGCUGAAGGACACAGUGCUGGUGACGAGCGAUGGAAAGAAGAGUUUCAGGCGUUCUACAAUAACGAAAUAGAAGAUGAUCUAUCAUCUAAAUUCGCAGAACCUUCCUCAUGGUUUUCUGGGUAUGAUAGAUGCAACAUAUAGGUAGGAAAUUAAUAAGUCUUUCUGUAUGUAAAAUUACGAACAGUUAAUUUGUUAAAUAUUUCAAUAUAGUGUACCAUGUGUUGUUCAUCAAUGAAUAUAGGUUAGAAUCCCUCACCAUUUGUGAGGUCCAAUGUUUCUACUUCUUUUGUAGUAAAUUGUAUUAAAACUUAAAUUACCUCGGCUAUAAAAUUCAAUUUUUCUGGAGUUCAA